AUGUCGCGUCUCAACUACAACAAAUGGGACGCUCUCGAGGUCAGUUCUCCCGUGGCUCGUCUUGCCGCCGUGCCGCAGCUCACCGGCCGCUGUCGCUCGACCUCGCAACCAGCUCUCGGAUGACUCGGACAUUGAGGUACACCCCAACGUCGACAAAAAGUCCAUGAUCAGGUACGUGAUCCGCUCCGGAUUCUGCCUGCCGCUUCCGCAGAGUGCUCGCGCACCUUCGAGACCGAGGAGGCUCACCCCACUUGCGUGCUGCCCCGUCAUCCUUCGCGGCUUCGCUCGUGACCUUUUACAGAUGGAAGCAACGCGAUAUCCACGAAAAACGAGAACUGCGCAAACUCAAGCUUCAUCACCUUGACCUUGAGAACGAGAUGAACAUCGCUCUGCUCGAGCGCAUGCGCGCGCUCUCGACCGCAACCAAAGACGAAGGCGCACCGUUCAUCUCACGCGAGAUUGCUCGGCUACGCGUGGCCGUACCUGAUUUCGAUGGCAAGCAAUUCAAGGACGGCGAGCAACCCAGCCAGGACCACAUGAUCCUCGCCCUGCUCACCCAGGUAGUCAACGCCGUGGAGAAGGACGGCAGCGGCGAACAGGGGCGCAACGAUCGACUCGUCGCCGAGUUGGAACGCCAUCAGGAGCGACUGGUGCAACGCCAAGCCGAGAUCGUCGAGGAACGAAAGACGGAGAUCGCUGAACAGCAAAAACACAUCACGAGCGAAGACAUUCACGUUGGGUUCGAGUCAAAGACCGUCAGUUCGACGCAUCUUCUUGCCGAAGGAGUCCAUCAAGGUAUGGCCCAGUCGAGCGCUGACUUUCGAGGGUCUUCCCAACUUGUAGAUGAUCUCCAACAAACCCUCAGCGCAGCCCAACCCAGCUACUUCAUCAACGUCAGCAGCUGGCACAAAGUUGAAAGCGAAGAAGGCCGAGACUCACAUCGAGACCAUCAACUCCCCUUCAGUCCUCGCAGCAGAAGCGGUUCGUACCCUUCUUCCUGAGCUGGUCUGCAUCAUGCGUGACUCGAUAUUUAUUGCGUUUCUCCUUGUUCCCCGUCCGUCGUACAGGAAGCGGCAGCGAUCGGCAGUGACUCCUCAGACGACGAAGAUGUUCCCGAUCUCACGGGCUCAGCAUUGCGCUUCUCCAAGCUCAAACCUCUUGAUUUCGCAUCGUGCUUCGCCGCCAUUUCGGAAGAUCCAUCACUUUUGGCAGAAGAAACGACGGAUGCAUUGCUUGUAGAGGCAUUCUCGGUGGCGAUGAAGGGGGCCAGCAAGAGGGCUCGCGAGUGCGUUGAGAAGGCACUAAUGAUCCAAUACUGCCUCAAACUUGGAAAAGAUGGAGUCGCACUCUACUUCAAGAGGUACGCUGGCUUGCUCAGAUACAACGGUAUGCUUGUGCACUGAAAUCAUGUCCGCGUGGCCACAGGAUGACAUCGAGCGAUCCUAAGGCCUUGCAAAUGUUCCUUGAAGACGUCAACGGCACUGCCAAACGGAUUAUUGAACGAGCGCACGUCGUCGCCGCCGAGAAGGAGGCAGAUCGAGCUAGGAAUCCUGACGGGAAAGAACAGAUUCAACUUGUCGCCUCCGAUCCGUCAACGGUCAUCACCUUCGAAGUGCCGGAUGGCCCGCCUCCGGAGACUCUCGAAAUCACCGGGGAGGACGCCGAUGAGCUCGAUCCUGACCUCGUGCGCGAAUUCCUUCAGCGUCGAUGGGAUUACUUCAGCUCGUUUUCGCCAGGCCUGCAAAAAGCUCUUCAGGCGAAAAGCCUCGAGAAGGUGAACAAGGUCUUGGGCAAGAUGAGCGUGGAGGACGCCGAAGAUGUUGUCAAAAAACUCCAAGAGGCCGGAAUUCUUUCGGUGAGUUGCACACCUUCCAGGUACACAUGUUUUUGGACCUUCAAAGAGCUGACAUAGUAGCUACGUCUCACAGUUUGAGACAACAGAGAUUCUAGAUCAGACCGGGACAAGCGAGCCGAAAGGAGGGCGACAGCAAGAUACUAGUAUGCCUAAUGAGCUCGAUUAA